CAGACCUCCAUCUCUCAGGAACUGUCCUGUUACCGAAUCUGCCGAGGAUCACUACUAAUCAAGCUUAUACAUACACACCGACCAUUACGAUCUGAACUGGACAAAAGGACAGGGUUUCCCGCCAGUUUGAUAUAAACGAUGCCACGGCCCUCAAGACAACGAAUGGCAGCAUACAUUCCAAACAAUCCAUUCAUCAUCAACGCAAGCGAGCCACAAUGUCCUCAGAGGCAUCAUCCAUUGUAAUCCCUCCAUCCUAUGAGAAGCUCCCAACAACGCACAUCAAGCUCUCGCAUUACCCGGCUGGAGCUGAAACCGCAACCCCAGUCGUCGUUGUGAUCUUGAACCGCCCGGAAAAGCGCAAUGCUUUCACAGGGCCCAUGGCGGAGGACCUGGAGAGGGCCUUUGCGAUGUUCGAUGUAGAUGAACGUGUGAAGGUGGUUGUCUUGACUGGUGCUGGCAAUACAUUUUGUGUUGGCGCGGAUCUGGAGAUAGGAUUCCCCAAGGGACAAGAUGAACGGCCGGUAGAUCACAGAGAUAGUGGUGGCCGCGUAGCCCUUGCAAUCCACAGGUGCCGCAAACCAACCAUUGCCGCGAUGCAGGGCUCUGCUGUUGGCGUCGGAAUGACCCUGACUCUACCUGCUGUAAUUAGAAUUGCCCAUGCAGAUAGCAAAUACGGCUUUGUCUUCGCCCGUCGGGGUAUCACGAUGGAAUCCUGCUCCUCGUACUUCCUCCCGCGACUGGUCGGCUACUCAAAGGCGCUGUAUCUCGUGUCUACCGGAAGUGUUCUUCCCUCCACCUCUCCGCAUUUUGGUGGCCUAUUUGCCGAGACCAUCCCUGAGCAAUCGCAGGUAGUCCCGCGUGCGUUGGAAUUGGCCGCCGAGAUGGCGGAGAAUGUCAGCCCGAUGGCGUCUGCACUUAAUCGAGCACUGAUCUGGCGUGGGCCCCAGUCUGCCGAGGAGGCACAUUUGUUGGAUUCGAGGGUGCUCUAUCAUAUGUUUGCUUCAAAGGACAAUAAAGAAGGUGUUACGGCCUUCUUCGAGAAGCGAAAGCCGAACUUCAAGGAUACGCUGGAGGAAAAUGGCCCGAUGUUCUACCCUUGGUGGUCUGAGACGAAUGUCAGCGGGAAAGCCAAGGUUGUGAAAGAAGGUUCCAAGUUGUAAGUUUGAUACAAAGUAGGAUCUGGUCACUCGAGGUG